AUGCCUCCCAAGUUUGAUCCAUCUGAGGUGAAAAUCAUCUACCUUCGCGCAACCGGUGGUGAGCUUGCUGCUUCCAGUGCUCUUGCUCCCAAGAUCGGUCCCUUGGGUUUGUCGCCCAAGAAGGUCGGUGAAGAUAUCGCCAAGGGCACCAAGGACUGGAAGGGUCUCCGUGUCACUGUUCAGUUGACCAUCCAGAACCGUCAGGCUCAGGUUGCCGUCGUCCCCUCGGCCUCUUCCUUGGUCAUCAAGGCUCUUAAGGAACCCCCAAGAGACCGCAAGAAGGACAAGAACAUCAAGCACACCGGCAACAUUGCUCUUGAGGAAAUCAUUGAGAUUGCCCGCACCAUGCGCUUCAAGUCGUAUGCUCGUGAGCUCAAGGGUACCGUGAAGGAGAUUCUUGGUACUGCUCACUCGGUUGGUUGCACUGUCGACCGCCAGAGCCCCAAGGCCAUCUGCGAUGCCAUCGAUGCUGGCGAAGUCGAGAUCCCCGAAAAAUAA